AAGCUUGGACUCUUUGGCUCCACCCCAUGGCCAGAAUUACUGGCCAGGCUUCCUGGGGAGGCAGCCUCCCUGACUAAGCUUAAGGCUUUCCCAUCCAAGCUCCAGGGUCUUGCUCUCUCCCUGAGUCUGUCCAUCAGAACAGGCACUGAGCCUAAAAAUUAGCUUCUUGGAGCCAAGGCAGUAUCUACUGGCUCAUGUACUAUGACCCCAGUCAUUCCACUCAAAUUCCACACACAAAGUUAGUUCCUCUCCUAGGGCAUGAAGUGAUAACUAAAGAAAUAAAUCACACUUAUCACAGUGCCCUUGCCUCUCUGAUGCAGCCAAGUCAAAGGCUGGGAGGAAAGGCAUGUUUUUCUCCUAGUCACCAACCAGAGUGAGGAAGCUCUAAGUGGAGUUUCCUAUCUUUUGGUUUUCAGAUCCGUGCUAAGAACUGCAGUUAAAUAUCAGCUACUAAAACAGCCUUCCUAAAACCACGUGAGAACCCUGACAAUUGCAUUGUACUGAGCACUUUUUGUGUGUCUGCGCUUUAAAUGUUAUCCCUGUGCCUCAAAGGAGCCAGGCUGGCGGGCUAGGGGUCAUAUUUUGAGAGGUUGAGUCCCUCAGGUCACACAGGCAGCGAGCAGCGGAACUAGGAUUUGAACCCAUCCACCGGAUGACAGCACCAGUGUUCUUACCCAUACGCCUCCCACCAUGCCCACACCGCCACUGUGAUUCACGGCCAGCAAGGCCAGUAUCUCCCUUGGUUUUCCCUGCAGCCACUUCCCUGAGACCUGGCCGAACUCAGAAGGAGAAGCCAAGACGGAUGGACUUUAUAAGUAGAAGAUCCGGGCUCCAGGUCCAGCUUUGCGCCUUCCUAGCUUUGUCGCCUUGGACAGAUCACUUAACCUUCCAGGGUCUCCGUUUCCUCGCCUAGGCCAUGCAGGUCAGCGCUCGCUGGUGCACAGAUCCAGAAGAGAAUUCGAGCUCAGGCUUCAGUGUUAAGCAAAUGUUAGUUACCACACCCCUACCCGAACCCACUAAUUCAAACACUAGGUGGUGGCCCUUUCUCAGCCUCCUCACUGCCCUCCUCUUCAGCGUUCCUCUUGGCCACCUCCGCCACCGCCUCCUCGACACCCCUCCUCCCUAGUAGCUGCUGCUUCAUUUCCCCUUCAUUUCAGUCGUUUUCUGGACUCCCAGGAAGGACUGGCCGGGGUGCUCGCAGCUUUCCUUCUUCCUAUUCGGCUCUGGGCGGGAGUCUGUCCUCCCGGAGGACCCGGAGCAUCGGGACCCAGCGCUGCGCUGGGCUGCUCCGCGCGCCCUCACCGCCCGUGCCGCGUGAGCAGCUGGCCGCGCGUCCCGCCCCUCGGAGGGGUGUGCCCCGAGAGAGUUUAGAUAGGAGGUGCCUGCUGGGCACACCCGGCAGCCCGCGGAGCUCUCCUCCCGAGGCGCACGCGGAGCGGCCAGGAUCUGCUCAGCCCCGGACGCGGGGCCCCCGGCCCUCCCGCCGCCUCCACGCCGCCCGCCAUGAAGCCGUCGUUCCUCCGCUGCCAAAACACCACCUCGGUGGAGAAGGGCUACUCCGCGACCAUGGGCUGGGUGCUCUUCAGCGCGGGCCUCCUGGGCAACCUGCUGGCGCUGGGGCUGCUGGCGCGCUCCGGGCUGUCGUCCUGCUCGCUGCGCUCGCCGCGCUCGCCGCCUUCCGUCUUCUACGUGCUGGUGUGCGGCCUGACGGUCACCGACCUGCUGGGCAAGUCCCUCGUGAGCCCCUUCGUGCUGGCGGCCUACGCGCAGAACCGGAGCCUGUGGGGGCUGGUGUCCCCGCCGGGCAGCUCUCUGUGUCAAGUCUUCGCCUUCUUCAUGUCCUUCUUCGGCCUCGCCUCGACGCUGCAGCUCCUGGCCAUGGCCCUGGAGUGCUGGCUCUCCCUGGGGCACCCCUUCUUCUACCGACGGCACAUCACCCUGCGCCGGGGCGCGCUGGUGGCUCCCGUGGUGGGCGCCUUCUGCCUGGCUUUCUGCGCGCUGCCCUUCGCGGGCUUCGGCAGGUUCGUGCAGUACUGCCCGGGCACCUGGUGCUUCAUCCAGAUGGGGCACGAGGAGCGCUCGCCGUCGGUGCUGGGCUACUCGGUGCUCUACGCCAGCCUCCUGGCGCUGCUGGUCCUCGCCAUCGUGCUGUGCAACCUGAGCGCCAUGCGCAGCCUCUACUCCAUGCACCGGCGGCUGCGGCGGCGCCGGCGCUCGCUCACCCGGGACCGCGUGGAGCCCGGCGCCGGCGAGAAGGUGGCGUCCCCGCCGCCCCUGGAGGAGCUGGAUCACCUCCUGCUGCUGGCCCUCAUGACCGUGCUCUUCACCGUGUGCUUCCUGCCUCUAAUUUAUCGUGCUUACUAUGGAGCAUUUAAAGCUGUCACCAAGAAAAACAGAACUUCUGAAGAAGCCGGAGACCUCAGUGCCUUGCGUUUUAUAUCUGUGAUCUCAAUUGUGGACCCUUGGAUUUUCAUCAUUUUCAGGACAUCAGUAUUUCGGAUGUUUUUUCACAAGAUUUUCAUAAGGCCGCUUACGUAUAGAAAUAGGCACAUCAUUGCCUGCCAAACUCAGAUGGAAAGUCUUGCAGUCUCCGAAAUUUCACUGCUGAGAUUCAUCCCUAGGACAGAGCCCCAAACAUGGAAAGGCUGCAGGCAUAAAAUGUUAAGUGUCGUUGUCAUUGAGUAAUUGGAAACAACCCAGCCAUCCAGUGAUGGGAGGCCUGAGUAGGAUUUGCUCAGGGGGUAUGGUGAUUACACUGAUACCACACAGAAAAUACAACGAGAGAGAGAAAGCAGGAUGCAGUAUUUUCUGUGCAUUGCAUAGCAAACAAAUCUGGAAGGAUAUACACAGUUCAAAUAAAAACGAGGAUCAUCUUAAAGUGGUAUGAUUAUGGAGAAUUACUACCUUUAUAACUUAAAAAUUAUACUUCAUUAAAACUGUGUUUUCCUGAUUAUUUCCAAAUGGACUCUUUCUCUUUUAAAUGACACCAAAAAUUAACUUCAAAACUCUUGACAAAAGCCUAUAGCCCUGAUUUUUUU